AUGGACGAAGAUAGGAAUGAACAUUAUGGAUAUUUCGAACAAAAGCCUUCAAAAUGGGACAUUAUAGAAUUUUUAGAGCAAUGCGACCUUGAGCCAUACGGCAAAAAAGUGGAUCGAUACAUUAGGUGCCUCAGAUGUAUUGCUCGUAGUGAGCAAAAAAAGAGAAAAGAAAAAGCAGAGGAGCUUCUCAGAAGAUACAGUAACUGGCGUGACAAGGACCCAAGAUCUACUCGGUGCUUGAUCAUUCAAGGCCAUUCGCAUUUUUUGCGACCGCCGAGCCACAAAAUCAGUGCUGGAGCACAGACGACCCAUGUUGUUAACUCACUCGGUGGUCUGAUGUUCAAGGCCAUUUGCUUACCCACGAUCGUUGACCUUGGAGAUAAACCUGACCAACAACGCGUCAAGGAUUGGGAAAAAACACGUAAAUCAAGUAAAACAAGCGGUGGUUCCUCGAUUCACAUCCACAACAUCCACAAUUCGACAUUAUCAGGAAACUCUCUUACCGUUGCUGGGAACACUUCAACUACUAAAGCUACUACUGAAGCUACUACUAAACGCAAGCGAGAGAGCCUUAGAAAGAGGAAGGUAGCAUCUUAUGCUGAAAGCUCAACAGAUACAAGUUCCGAUUCCAAUUGUGAGGAGUCUAGGAGU